UUUUUAAACUUUGCAGCUUCCGGCCUCAGCUUCCGGUUACACUUUUCGUCCAGUGUUAGCCUCGUUUUAAGAUGGAUCAAGAUCUGCCGAAAGUGCUAGUCUUCUUUUGUAGAUUUUGUGUUCAGUAAUCAGAGUAUGACCUAGCUGCAACGUAAAUAAAGAUUGCUGAGAAAAUAACAAAGAAACAGUGUUCACAGUUCAAGAAGAGUAGAAUGCCUCGCUACUUAGCAUUAGACUUUGUGUCUCAGAUUCUUCAAGAGAGGAAGGCCAUUCAGACCAGGAUGCAACUGACAGUCCCACAACACCUUGAGAGUGUAGAUGCCUAUAUACAUAGAGGAGUGCUACCUGAUCCUGCAUACAGGAAACCUUGGCUUAGAGUUAGACCAGACUUCCAGUAUCUCCAAGAGGAAGGAGCUAAUGAGCUGUCUGAACUACAACAGGGACACUUCAAAGAUGGUCCAGAAUAUAUGGAUGGGGUCAUGUUAAAGAGUCGCAAUCUUGGUCUGGUGGAGAUUGUUCCAAGCUCUAAUCCAUCCUCCCAGCAGUCAUUCACUGAUGAUGUCAUAGAAGAUAUCUUCCUCAAUGCUGGGAAAAUCCCCGGGGAAAUGGAACUGUUUGAGAAAGUGGAUUUACAAAAUGUAAAGCAGCAGAGCGCAUACAAAGAUUCAGAUGAUACUAGUACGUGGUUAAUAGAGGAGCCUUUGUGUACAGAGCCUCUGAGAAUGACCCUAGAUGCUCUCCCAAAGGUGGGCCACAUGCUUGAUAGGCUGAGACCUAAGAUUGUAAAAGAUCCUUUUGCAGACAACACUGGUGAAACAUACACAGAGGCCUCAGUAUUUAGAACUGACAGAUCAGAUAUAUUCCACACAAAGGAGAGCUCUUCUAAACCUAUAAGUGAGACACCACAUUUGGACGUUAGAGUGGAAAAUGGUUCCUCAGAGCUUAAAAGUGAGACAACACCCAUAGGAUCUUUCACAGAUGAGCUGUUUGUCAAAGAGAAAAUCUUCAAAUCUGAGAUUUUGAAGAACUUGUGUCACAGUCUAGUAAAGGUGUUUGUGAAACUGAAAAUCUUUCUGAUGUGUCUGAUCAUUCUAGCAGUCCAGGAGAUCAAGUAA